UUUAAAUUCUAUCUUCAAUGAUUUUAAUAACAAGUUUGCGUUCAAUCAAUCAGUUUAUCAAAUGAUGUCGACUUUGAAGGAUUUCAUUUUUGUACUGAUUCUAAAAGUGAACUGUAUAGAUGCUACUGAGGUAUUAUGGGGAAACAAAGAAAACUUGAAUGGUUAUUCCUUUAAUAAAAACGAAUCUUUCACAACAACAACACCUUAUAGAACCGAUUGUGCACGGUCAUGUUGGGGUGUACCACUCUGUAUCAGUUUUACCUAUGAUAGCAAGACUUGUAAAGGAUAUACUGAGGAAUUCGUUGAUGAAUCAAAUUCUAUUGCGACGGAAAAUGCAAAGUAUUAUGUGGUUAGCAGUGUGACAGGAUAUACGGACUGUAGUGAUGUAAAACACAAGUAUAAUGGAAUAUACAGAAUUUUUCCUGUUGGAAUUCCUGAAGGACUGUUAGUAUAUUGUGACAUGGAGACCGAUGGUGGACAUUGGACGUUAAUACAAAGAAGAAUUGACGGGUCUGUCGACUUUUACAGAACAUGGCAGGACUAUAGCAAAGGGUUUGGAAGUCUUAUUGGAGAAUUCUACCUAGGUAAUGAGUACAUCCAUGUAUUGACACACCAGGCUGAUUGUGAACUACGUGUCGACCUCCGAAAUUCUUUUAAUUAUAGCUCAUAUGCAUCAUACUCAAACUUUGCCAUUAGUUCCAAUACUACCAGAUACAGUUUGAAUGUUACUGGCUUCAAUACCAACAGCAAUGCAGGAGAUUCCCUUACAGAUGUAAAUAUGAACAAAUUCAGAACAUUUGAUGUUUCCGAUAACAGUAUUUGUCCAAGUGCUCGACAUGGUGCUUGGUGGUAUGGAUACUGUUCUCUUGGUAAUCUGAAUGGAAAAUACCACCAUCCCGGUACCUUAGCAGCCAGUGGUGUACGUUGGGACACAUUAGAAAAUGGAAUAUCAUUAAGCUAUGCAAACAUGAAAAUCCGGAGGAAGAUUUGAAACCACUUUAACAUUAACAAAACAUAUUUCAUUUUUGUCCGUAAGGAAUCAGUUUUUAAAAUGAAAGUUUAUACUUCUGAAUUUUUAAUAGAAUAUCAAUAUCUUUAUAUUUCUUUAUACAUUGACUUUAAAGAGAUUGUGUUAUUUCGAAAGAAAGACUUGUAACAUAUAGGUAAUGUUUAUAAAAAAAACAUGUUCUUGUUUAUCUGUAUUCACUUAGAAAUUCUAUUAUACAUGUUUGCUUUGCUUUUUUUUAGAACAAAAUAGGCAGCUGCAACAGCAAGAAUAUGUCUGUGAGCUUCUUGAAAAUAAUCAAAAAGAAGCUGCGAGAAUUAUAACUGGAAUACGCUUAUUACCUCAAACCAUUUACUGUACAUUGAAUUGGGAUACGAAAGACAAGAAAAAUAAAUUAAAUAAUUAAUAGCCAUUCUGUUUUAGCAAAUACAAAAGAACCGCAUACUAAUAUGAGCUAGUCCUGUUAUAUUUUCACAGAUAGGCGCCUUAUAAUUUGAGAAAUGAAAAUUAUACUUUUCAACCCCAAAAAUUGAAAACAACAAACAAACCAAUAAAUACUUUAUUGGGCGUAUGACAUUUGCGCCGAUUUUUAAAAUUUUCAUUCUUUCAUUUGCGCCGAUUUCAUUUUUUCAUUUGCGCCGAUUUUAUAUUUGCUCCUAAUUGCAUUUACAGUUUAACACAGGUGAUUAAGUAUUUGUACAUGUACUAUACCUUGAAUGUAUAUUGGUAAAAUCUGGUUAUAAACGUUGUUCACUUAUGUUUAAGUUAAGAAAUCCAGGCCGUUAGUAUAAUACGUAUAAUAAAAUGCGAACCCUAGAAAUGCCCGCAUCAGUACGUUAGCCAGAGAAAGAAAAGAUGGACUUCAUUAUUGACAAUUACGACAAAUAUAGAGACGAAAUCACAAGAAAGGAACAUAUUAGAUGUGUUGCCUAUAAAUACUCGGCAAGAACAGAUUUAUGAUUUUAAUGAAUUCCGUUUUAUGGACUUUAAUGUUGUAAAUAGAUUUUUAAUUCAUCAUUUUAGUAAAAACAGAGUGUUUUUAUCUUAGGUUUUUACUUCUUGAUGUUAAAGAAUGUGAACAUAGUGCUUUUAAAUUGACUUAUCCUGCUCAAAAUCCUACUUCCACCUCCACGUGGUGAGCAGAGGAUAACAGUUAUAUACAUGUUAUGAUUGAAAAUUCAUAACAUUUGUACAACUGGCGAACGGAAAAGGUCUAUAAUGAUAAAUGAAAAAUAACAUUCACCUGUAAUUUACAUGUAAUUUACCUGUCAAAAAAUCGGCGCAAAUGAAAAAAAAAUCGGCGCAAAUGAAAAAAAAAUCGGCGCAAAUGAAAUGCAGAUCGGCGCAAAUGCAUUAUUUGGCAACCAAGGCGCCCAAAAUUAGCAGAAUAGUUACAAUAAAAUUUUCAAACAUAAUAUGAAAGUAAAUUAAAAAUAGGUUAAACAAAAUAUAUAACAUGAUUAUUUUUGAUUUUAUUGAUUAAUAUAUAAUAUCAAAGUAAAUGUAAUAAUUAAUUUGUAAUUUAGAAAUAUAUAUAAUAUGACCCAUUGUUUGUUAUUCUGGACCAUUUAUUUGACAACACACAUAAUAGUAAAAUCAUUAUUAAUUAAAUGUAAAUAACGACUAACGUAAAUGCAUAUAUGAUCAUAUAUAUAUCUAUAAGUUUGAACGUUGUUUUCAAUUUAGACUUGUUUAUAUUUUUUCGUUUGGGCUUUUAUUAUAUUUGCCUUCGGUUUUAUAUGAUCCGUUCAUUCUAUUUCGACUCUUCAAAAUUCAAUAGUCUAUUCUAAAUUGAGGUAAAUUAUAUGGCCUUCCAAAUACCGUUUCGAUUCCUAACAUCACUGAAGAGACAUUCAUUGUCGAAAUCCGGAUAUGGUGUACUAAUUUUUGCACCUUUCGUUUGCGGUUUAUCAUCUUUUCAGCAAGUUUAUUGUUUGUUGUUUGAUAUUAAAUUAAAAGUUAAGAUCCAUUUUGUUACAUCUGGUGAUCCGUUUAUUUGGCAAUCGCCAAUGGCAGUCAGCAGGGUUAAAGAACAUCCGUUGUCGACCUGCUAGUCAAAUGCGUUCUGUUUAAAUAUACCUUUUCACUUUUUUGGUCUUUUGGAAAAUGUUGUUUGUGCUGUAUUUAGACCCCUCUACCAAGAAAUUUGUUUUGCAUGCACACGUAUAAAAAUUGCGGUUUUUAUCCAACGCAAUCAUAGGUUUGAACGUUGUUUUCAAUUUAGAUUUGUUUAUAUCUAUAACUCUAUAUACAGUAAUCUAAUUUAACAUUGUAUUGUUCUUUUAA